GCGCCCGACCUAUAAAUGACCUCGUCGUCCAUCGCCGGCUCCUCUCGCGCCGCCACUCCCCUCCCGACCCACUCGCCCAAAACCCUAGCGCUCUCGCCCGCUCGACGCCGCCGCCGGAGCGAGCUCCCCAUCUUCCUCCGUCAACCAUGGCGACCCAGAUCAGCAAGAAGAAGAAGUUCGUCAGCGACGGUGUGUUCUACGCCGAGCUUAACGAGAUGCUGACGCGGGAGCUGGCCGAGGACGGCUACUCCGGCGUGGAGGUGCGCGUCACGCCGAUGCGCACGGAGAUCAUCAUCCGCGCCACGCGCACGCAGAACGUGCUCGGUGAGAAGGGUCGCAGGAUCAGGGAGCUGACCUCUGUCGUCCAGAAGAGGUUCAACUUCCCCGAGAACGGCGUCGAGCUCUACGCCGAGAAGGUCGUCAACCGCGGCCUCUGCGCCAUCGCGCAGGCUGAGUCCCUCCGCUACAAGCUCCUCGGAGGCCUUGCCGUCCGGAGGGCUUGCUAUGGUGUUCUUCGCUUCGUUAUGGAGAGUGGUGCUAAGGGUUGUGAGGUCAUUGUCAGUGGAAAGCUCAGGGCCCAAAGAGCCAAGUCCAUGAAAUUCAAGGAUGGCUACAUGAUCUCAUCUGGUCAGCCAGUGAAUGAGUACAUUGAUUCGGCUGUGAGACACGUCCUUCUCAGACAGGGUGUUCUUGGUAUCAAGGUGAAGAUCAUGCUCGACUGGGACCCGAAGGGCAAGGUUGGUCCAAUCACCCCUCUUCCGGACCUGGUGACCAUCCAUACCCCGAAGGACGAGGAUGAGCUGCGCCCUCCGGUCUUGGCACCUGAGGUCUAAGGUCCCAAAAGUGUCCUUGAUAUGGCAGUUUGAUCGGGUCCUAGCUAGGUUUCUAUCUUAUGAUAAGGGCAAUGCUAAGACAGUUGGUUACCUUAAGCUUUGUGGACAGAUGCUAUGUAUUGGUUCUGUGUUACUUUUGUUUAAGCUAAGUUUUGCCGAGACAAGCUACAUUGAUAUGUACCUGAUGAAAUUGUGGUUCCUUAUUGUAUGCUCUGCUAUGUUAUUUUUGCCUUUUUUCAAAAUGCUUUAACGGAA